AAAUGAUCUCAUGAAAUGGUGACUAAUUACCGGUAAUAUUAAUAGCAUUAUAUUCUUACUGCAGUUUGAACAAUAUGACUUCUAUUCAUAACGAAGAUUUAAUUAAAAAUUUAAUAAAAAAGACUACUGUACCGCUUAUUUUGCGAAAAUUUGUUGACGACUGGCCCUUAUGCCGGUGGAAUUUGGGAAAAUGGUCUUCGGUUUUCGGUGACAAACCGGUUCCUUUCCGAUGUAUGAAGAGAAAUAUCGUUUCCACGAGUCCUUGCUGGGAAAGGAUGUGUAGUGAAAAAUUAUUGACAUUUAAAGAGUUUAUUGGAAAAGCAGAGGCCAGUGAAGAGUGGAUGUAUUUUGAUUAUAAAUAUUUACAGCAAUGGUUCAAUGCAGACAAUGAAUUAAUUAAGGAAGUGUCAUGGAAAAAGUUUGGGCAUCCUGAUAAAAAUGCCUCGCAUAGUACUCUGUGGGUUGGGAGUAAAGGGUCACAUACACCAGCACAUCAGGAUACUUAUGGAUAUAAUAUUAUAACACAGUUGUAUGGAAGAAAGCGUUGGAUAUUGUUUCCUCCUGAGACUGGCAACCUGAAGCCAACCAGAGUGCCUUAUGAAGAGUCAAGUGUAUAUAGUGAGCUGAAUUUCUAUUGCCCCAGUAAUUUAGAUAGUUUUAAUGGUUUGACUGGAGCUCGGUUGGUAGAACUUUCAGCAGGGGAUGCUUUAAUAGUCCCGAGUGGGUGGUGGCAUUAUGUGCAAAAUAUUGACGACGUGAACAUUGCUCUUAACAUAUGGUUACCUCAUGAGAAGGAUACCUCAAAUCAGGUUUCUGAAGCUUUGAUAAAAAUUUUAGUAGCUCAACUAUGUAAAGAUUUGCCUCAAGAAACUGCCAAGCUUCUAGUAAAUCCAAAUGAGGCUUUCCGCACCGCACAGGAUGACGAACUAGAGGGCGCCACUGACAAACUUAAUUUGACAAAAGCUGUCAUUGACGCAUUCUGUCAAAGUAAUGUGAUAGAUCUUGUGAAGCAGAAUUUGUUUGCGCGUCUCAGUUAAAUUAAUAUACAGGUGAUUCUUAAUGGAUGGAUAACAAAAUACAUCCAUCCAUUAAUAAUCAUUAUAUAUUCAAGGAAAAUCUGACAUAAAAAAAAUUGGCAAUAGGCACAUGUGAUUUUUAGACAUAAUAUUGUUUAUUUAUGCUUAUAAUUAGCAUAUGUGAUGUGACAACAUUAAAAAACGUACUUAAUUACUUUAAGUAAAAUUGAUAUGAU